CAGGAACGGGGGGUGGGUCAAGUGGCUCAGGAACGGGAAAUGGAACAAGCGGCUCAGAAGCGGGUAGUGGAACAAGCGGUUCAGGAACGGGAGGUGGAACAAGCGGUUCAGAAACGGGAAAUGGAACAAGCGGCUCAUCAUCGGGUAGUGGAUCAAGCGGUUCAGGAACGGGAGGUGGAUCAAGUGGUUCAGGAACGGGAAGUGGAACAAGCGACUCAGGAACGGGAAGUGGAUCAAGCGGUUCAGGAACGGGGGGUGGAACAAGCGGCUCAGCAGCGGGUAGUGGAACAGGCGGUUCAGGACCAGGAAGUGGAACAGGCGGCAAUAAAUCGGGCAGGUACGACAGUUUCGCAGGAUCCUUUUCCGCCGAUGGAAACUUAUCAGCUGGCGGCACCAGCAUGCCGUGGUGGCUCAUUCCAUUGGUCGUAUCUUUGGUGCUCUUUGUUGUCAAUCUCAUACUGGUCUUAUGUGUGUACAACAAGCUGAAAAUGCAGAUAGGAACCAACCAGGUUGAACCUAUAUAACAAUGGACAUAUUUUCGAUGGAUAUAUUUUAAUAUUAACCAUUGCAUAGUUUUAUUUGGAGCACAUUUUCAUUAUUUACCAUUAUAGUAACGUCAGAAUCUA